AUGGCUAAUGAUUGGGAUAGGAUUGCACUGUUGCUCUUCUUGACUACAGUUGAGACGUUCAUCGCGGUCACGGCCCUGGUGGCAAUCGGCAAAGACCUCGGCCAUUUUGAUAACGCCAGCUGGAUUCUGGCCAGCUACCAACUUGGAUAUGUCGCCAUCAUCGUCAUCGCCGCUAAGAUAAGCGACAUAUGUGGGAGAAAGCCCGUCCUUCUGGCUUCCAUCGUCCUGUUCACGGCACUCUCUGGAGGCUGUGGUGCCGCUCAAUCCAUGACACAACUUAUUAUUCUACGAGCUGUCCAAGGUAUCGGGGCAGGUGGCUGCUUUGCUCUGUGUGCUAUUAUUAUGGUCGAGCUUGUGCCUCCCGAGAAGCUGGGAGGGCUUGUCGCCAAGACCGGCGUCGCCAUCGUCAUGGCCAUGGUUCUUGGGCCGCUGAUCGGUGGAACGAUCAGUGAUAACACAACCUGGCGAUGGAUCUUUUUGUUUAAUGUGCCUGCAGGGGCUGUGGGAUUUCUGCUUGUGGCUUUUGGCAUCCCCGACGGGUUUCCGAAGCAUCAGUCACACACAGUGGAAGAAAAACCAGACAAAAUCUCGACCGAGAGCUUGGCAAGAAUUGAUGCCCUAGGCUUCAUUCUGUUAAUGCUCGCUACGACAACCUUCACUGCAGGGUUCCAGGAAGCAGACGGAAGAUUCCCUUGGGCAUCGGCCUACGUGCUGACACUGCUCAUUGGGUCCGCUGUGCUCUGGGCCAUUCUUUUGAUAUGGGAACGGCAUGUGACGAUAGCAGACGCCAUGAGAGAGCCGGUGCUGCCUUGGCGCUUCUUCACCAAUCGGGUCUUUGUUGGGCUGAUGCUUGGAUUCGUUUUGGUUGGAGGGCCAAUGGCUGCCAUUAACUUCCAGUUGCCUCAGCGCUUCCAGCUCAUCAAUAAGAUGUCAAGCUUUGAUGCUGGGGUGCGAAUUAUCCCCUACGGUGCUGCAUUUCCUGUUGGCUCGAUGGUCUCUGCCAAGGUCGCCAGCAGAUUCAAAGUGCCCGGGAUUUAUUUCGUCUUUGCAGGCUCCGUGUUCCAGAUCAUCGGAUAUGCCAUGCUUAGCACGCUAGGAAGCUCCGUCAAGAUUGACCCUGGCACAUAUGGCUACGAGUUCUUGUGCGGUCUGGGGAGUGGCACUAAUUAUCAGAUUUUGUAUUUGAUGGUUCCGUUCACGGCCGAGAAACGCGACCACGGUGAGAGACCCCCUGAUAAGAUGACCUCGAGAUCAUAUCAAAACAAGGCUGACUGUUCAAAACGAGUAGCUGUCGGGAUGGGGGCGGCGAAUCAAUUCCGCUACAUGGGCAGUGCCUUUGCCUUGGCGAUCGUGACGUCUGUCUUCAAUGGCUAUACGGGAAGUCGACUAGAGGGUCUUGGGGUCCCUGGGCUCACACAGACCCUUGUAGCCGGCCACGGAACUGAUUUGGGGGAUACGGAUCUGGAGGCUGAGGCGAGGCGGAUUCUGUCGGGUGGAUACAAUCGCCAGAUGCUCGUUCUCUGUGGAUUUGCUGUAGCCCAGGUUCCAGCCGCGCUCCUCAUGUGGAGAAAGAAGCAGGUCCUGGUUGGAUAA